GGGCUCUUUCAGAAGAAUCCGAAAGAGAAGCUUUGGGUUUUUGGCUUCUUCAGCCGAAGUUUUUAUCUUUCAGUCGGUUUUUUGGCAGACGAUCGCGCGGAUGCGGCUCAAAAAAAGCGGGUUUCAAAAAUCUUCAAAAACUAACAACAAGUGCAAAGCCUUUUAGCAAUUGACAUUUGGAGGGGCUAUUUGAAAGGUGAGCUCAGGUAAUAAUGGCCGAACAGAAGCAGCUGGAAGCAAUUGCGAAUGAGACCUCAUCAGUCACCGGAUUGAGACGUCAGCCCACCAAAUAUCCCCACGGCCUCAACAUCACGGUGCAGACCAUCGACGAUGAUAAUGAGGGAUCUCCGAAAGAUCACAGUGACUACACCCGUGCCUCCGGCGAAUCGUGCUGGAGUGAGACCCAGAAAUACCACAUUGGAAUGCUGGGGAGUCCCGAAACCCUGGCCGAACUUCAAGUUCGACGGUACAAGUACCCAUUGACGGCUAAUUACUAUUUGAACAGCAAGUUGGAAAGGCCGGAAAAGCCAACACCCUGGAUGCUGUUGGGUUAUGCUCGAAGUGUGUGCAGGUGGAAGUACCUGAGGUGGCCCAUUAUAUUUGUGGCCAGCGUUUUGCUGUUCUUCGGGCUGAUCACCUACUGUCUAUGGCUUCACGAUGUCAGCGUGGCUAGAGCCAAAUUGCUCCAGCGUCGCUAUGAAGCCACUCUAACAUCCACGAGCUUGAGCAGCAACGAGGUCUGGGAUGAGGAAACCACCAGCUCCACCGAAAGGUCGCCCCAGGAAACCACACGACUCGAAGACAUGGAUGACAGCGAUGAGAGCACGGAGCUGCCUGAAAUAGCGUUCGGUGACGAUGGAGACCCAGAGACUGGAGGUGAAGAUGGCGAUGGCGACUACGAUGACACCUUGUUGCCAGCGGACAGUAUUAGAUUCACCUCCGGGCAUCAAAACAGCUUUGGGGUUCCCAUCGAGCAAGACAAGAGAAUGCUGCAGUUGCUCAAAGAAUUACUGCAUAAACCCCAGGCGACUCCCGCUGGUAACGAGCCUACUCUGACCCGGGUGUCCCCCACCCUGCCUCCACCCCUGUCGGUCAGUGGGCGGCCCACAGAGGCGAUGGCCUUGACCACCCCCUCAACGACGAACAGUGGCUGCCAGUCGACCAUGCUGCCCAUGUGCCAGGGAGUGCUCGACUACGAUCUCACCUUCAAUCGGGAGGUUGCGGCACCACGGGAUGCCGUAUCCAUGGCAGCCUACGAGAGCCUCAUCCGGGCCAAUUGCUCCGUCAGGGCGGCUGAGUUCAUUUGUGGCGCCCUGGAACCAGAGUGUCGACCCCUGCAUAUCGGACAGCUGCCUCCUUGUCGGCGCAUCUGCAAGGCCAUUUUGGAAGCCUGUUCCAUAGCGAUUUACAAUUCGGAUGUCCUUGGCGAGCUCUUCGACUGCAACCUAUAUCCCGAUGCCCACGAGAGCCACAAGUGCGAGGAUCCCACAAGGCGACGUGACUAUUGCUACGGAAAUGAGUUCCAAUGCCAUGAUGGGAGUUGCAUUCCCCAGAACUGGCAGUGUGACAAGAUCAAGGAUUGCCAAGGUGGCGAGGAUGAGGAUGAGCAGUGCUUGGUUUGCGAACCGGACGAAUUCCGUUGCCGUUCAAAUGAAAAGUGUCUCGUAGAAAAGUAUCGAUGCGAUCAAAAUAUUGACUGCAUGGAUGGAAGUGAUGAACAAGACUGCGAUGAGUACGGCUCGGGCGAUUUGGCUCCAUUCAAUGAGUCUGAACUGAAUGCCUUUCCAAGGGUAUUCUCCUAUGCUAGUUUCUUAUCACCCAACGAGACGAAUGACAAAGUAUAUACGUACAUUACGGCCAGCACCGAUGAGGACGCGGGCAGGGAAACGAAGUUCCAGAUUCACCAGGUGGCCGCGCCUGCACCUCCAGUGAAUUCCAGUGCAGAGGAAGGCGCUGGAGGUCCUAAAGGAUUUGUAAACUUUCGUGACAGCAAGGAGAUAAUGAUGACCAGUGAUUCGGAGACCAAGUUCAAGUAUUCCCAGAGAGCCAAUCGAACUUCGGUGAAAUUUAGCGUAUCAGCACCCACAACUCCAGCGGCCAGAACAGCAAGUGCGAUUCCCAGUUCAGCUUUGGUUCAGCAGCGCGAAAGAACCACAAGUACCACCACCAGUAGCAUCACCAGUACUCCCAGCAUAACCAGCACCACUUUAAUCCCAAUUAAUGCAGCCACAUCAGAGCCCAAUCCUUACGAAGUGGUAACUUCACCAGGAGGAUGUCCUCCGCAGGAGCUUCGUUGUGUGAGUGGCAAGUGCAUCACUGUCAGUCAAUUGUGCGAUAAGCAAAUUGAUUGUCCCGAUGCUGCCGACGAACUAAUGUGCGUUUAUCGGGAACGCCCAAGUAGGAGGCGCACCACCUCGACCACUGCACCACCCACAACAUCAUCGGCACCACCAGAGACAAGCACUGCAACAACCACAGGUCCGAUGAGCAGUACAAGGCGUUCGUUGAGGACCACGCCCAAUCGAAGUCGAAAGCCCAAGUCUUAGAGUGAUGUAUCUUGUAUCUAAUGUUUAUUUAUGUCUCUAUUAUUUCUCUCCACUUGUAUUUUCUUCGCUCGCUAUAUGUAUGAUAAAUGAUGUAUUUGUAAAUCUUUGUUAGUGUCUAAGUUGUCUAGUGUUUAGAGUUGUUUGACUAUUUGUAUGCGCGUGAAAAUUGUAUUUUUUGCAAUGAAUAAAGUUUAAGAUGUGAGUAGAGCAUAAAAGAUAA